UGUAUGUAUGAAUGUUGUUAAAAAACAAUAGCAAUUGGAAAAAAAUACAAUUUAAAAAAUUUCACCAAUUUCGUAUUUUUAAAAUAUUUAUUUUAUAAAAUUUUAUGAUGUCCAGUUUUCAUUCUUCAUUUAAUGACGAUGAUUUCGAAAACUCCGCUACAAAUUAUGCUUUGAGUCAAAACUAUGAUCAUGACAUUGAUUAUAAUGAUAGUACCGCUGUUCAAGGAACGAAUACUUCUAGCCCUCAAGAAGAAAAUGAGGAUGAAAAUAGCGCAGGAGAAACAAAAAAGAAAAAAGCUAAAGAUCCAAAUGAACCAGUAAAGCCUGUUUCAGCAUAUGCUGCUUUUUUCAGGGAUACACAAAUAGCAAUUAAAAGUCAAAAUCCUAAUGCUUCGUUCGAAGAGAUUUCUAAAAUUGUCGCAUCAAUGUGGGAAGCUCUUGAUGUAGAACACAAAAAUGUUUACAAAAAAAAUGCCGAAAUAGCAAAAAAAGAAUACUUAAGAGCGUUAUCCGAAUAUCGGGCGAACAAUUCUAGAAUAAAUGAUACAACAACAGAAGAAACCGGUACGAACUCGUUUGCAACUGUGAACCCAAAUAAAAAACAAUUACCGAUUGCUAGCAAACCAGCAGUUUUUACUAUAUCAACCAAUGAUGAUAAUUCUCUAAGUCAAAUGAAUUCUCCUUCAGGAGUUAAUAGAGCAGAAUCACCAGAGGCAAAUACUAUAAACGAGGAUACAUCGGUACAAAAAUGUAUUCGAGAUGGUUGUACGAAUAAGGCUGUUGUCAAUCCAGACUGGGAAGAUGAAUACUGUUGUAAUGAAUGUGCAGUUAGACAUUGUAGAAAUGUUUUUAAUAAUUGGGUUAAAACAAAUAAAGAUCCACCUGUAGAAGAAUUAGUUUCUUAGAUGAUAUGUACAUAAAUAAUGUAUAUAAAAUAUUUUUUUUAAUAUUAAGUCAGAAUAAAAAUUUCUGUUUUGUUUUAAAGUAUGAAAAAUAUUUUCCCAAAUUAAAUUGAAUUCGAAACAAUUUCUUAAGAAAAAAGAUUAAAUUAAUUUCCUCAUAUUCAGAACGAGAAAAUCCAGUUAAUUUCAAUAAUUUUGUUUUAUUUUUUUCUUAAAUAUGUAGAUAAACAGAAUACAGAAUAUUCAAUUUAUGGAAAAGCAUUGUAUAUUUAAGGGCUCAAAUUAUAGACACCACGGUAAUCAAAUAAAAACUUGUUUUUUUUUUUGUUUUAAAUAAUUAAAUUUACAUUGGCCGAAUAUUCCUUUUAGGAAAAAACAAAUUUUGUUCAACAAGUAUUUCAAAUAUAAAAGCAUUUAGAUUUCAGCAUUUUAAAUAAAGCGUUGAUUACAAGCCAUUCACAGUUUUUAUUACUUUAUGUUGCACAAAGGUGUUACGAUGUCAUACCUACUAUACAAUCGUUAUUGUGCAUUAUUUUGCAAAACAGUUAAACA